AAGACGCCCAACGUGUCAAUCUGGAGCUCCUUAAGAUCUUGCAGCACUUACCUACUGGUUUUUAACAAACACGCAAGACCUGUGCUUGCACUUUGAACAAAUCCGUUUACAAUGGACAGCAUUAAAGACGGGUGGUUCACCGAAACGUGUACAUUGUGGCCCGGUCAGGCCAUGAGUCUUCAAGUAGAGGAGGUGCUGUACCACAAGAAGUCAAAGUUUCAGGACGUUAUGGUGUUUAAAAGCAAGACGUAUGGUAACGUCCUGGUUUUGGAUGGAGUCAUUCAGUGUACUGAACGAGAUGAAUUUUCAUAUCAAGAAAUGAUUGCCAACCUACCCCUGUGCUGUCAUCCUGGCCCUAAAAAGGUCCUCAUUAUUGGAGGAGGAGACGGUGGAGUUCUGAGGGAGGUUGUCAAGCACCCGAUGGUUGAGUCUGUAGUUCAGUGUGAGAUUGAUGAGGACGUCAUCAGUGUGUCAAAGAAGUACCUCCCUGGUAUGGCGAAGGGGUUCUUCAGUCCUAAACUGACUCUGAACGUAGGAGAUGGUUUUGAGUUCAUGAAGCAGAAUCAGGAUGCUUUUGAUGUCAUCAUAACAGACUCCUCAGACCCUGUGGGUCCGGCAGAGAGCUUGUUUAAAGAGUCCUACUAUCAACUCAUGAAGACAGCGCUUCGUGAUGGUGGAAUUCUUUGCUGUCAAGGAGAGUGUCAGUGGCUUCAUUUGGAGCUGAUUAAAGAAAUGCGGACCUUCUGCAAGACGCUGUUCCCGGUGGUGGACUAUGCUUACUGCACCAUUCCCACCUACCCAAGUGGCCAAAUUGGCUUCAUGCUCUGCAGUAAAAACCCGGAAACGAAUUUCCGGGAGCCUGUGCGACAGUUAUCAAGGGACGAGAUUGAGAGCAUGAGCCUAAAAUAUUACAACCCUGAAAUCCAUCGAGCAGCAUUCAUCCUGCCAGAAUUUGCCAGAAAGGUACUAAGUGAAGCAUAAUUGGAACCUUCUUGUCUUGCACUGCCUUCUGAGUAGAAAAAAGGGCAAAGGUUUGAGUGGCGGUGUGUGUCCAUUCCCCCCCCCAGCCUGUCUGCUGCUCUUCAUCAGGACAAAGGGAAUAUUGGGGGGGGGGGAUUCUGUACAUUUCGGACAGUUAUCAACUCUCAUUCCGUCUGUUGCUGCGAUGAAGACUCGCCGUUGCUGUAUCGUUUUUGUUGUUUGUUUAUUUAUUUGUUUUUGUUCUGUUCUUGUUCACACGCACACGGAAUCAUGGAUAUCUUUCAGGUGAAUGUUUGUUUAUUUUAUUUUAUUUUAUUUUUUUCCAUCAGAAACAUUAUAUCUGUGUCUUAUGGAAUGCAUUGGGCGUAACAUGCUUAUUGGCUUGGAUCGAUGCGAAAUUUAAAGUCUUUUCAUGUUGGCUCGCCGCAGAAAGAUGGUGUUCCAUUCCACUAUUACUGUCAUCAAAGAACCAGCUUUGAAAUGGCAGUCUAACUGAAGAAGCAUCAUUUGAGUUUGGCAACUGUUUAAGGAUCAGUCUGCCGUUUGUAGGGAUGAAUCCAUCAUUGUUGGGUCGCUCUGUCAAUCUGCAAAAAGACACUUUGGUGAAGGGGAAUCAAUCCUGUGUCUGUUUACGUUAUAUUCCUGGUGAACCCAGCGAGGGCUGAGGGCCAGUUAGUCAGUAUAAGAAAAUUAACUAAUGUGAUCUUACUAAUUGUAGUCAUAGCAGGCUAAUGCAAAGUAACCUCAUUCAAAGGUUAUUAUUAAUAUUAGUAAUAGCCAUUUAAUUAUUAAUGACAUUUGCCACUCCCUUUCAGAGUGUAUGCUAUUUCAUAUGCUUAUGAAGUGUUUUGUCUGUGGAAAGGUGUGGGGUGCCGACUCGUUGUGUUUCACUGGUUUGACACCUGCACCCAUGAGUAGUUAAACGCAAAAUAAGACCAACUUGCGUAGGUAUUUUGAUAAAACACUCUUGUUGAAUUAAUUGCAUAUCAUAUGGUAUUAAUGCUGUGUUUUGUUUUGUUUUUGGCAAAGUUGUGUGUGCAUCUUGGUUUCAUAUGGAAUGUGAGAUGUCAAUUUAGUGGAAUGCCUGACCUUGUGUGGAAAGAAAUCACCACGUGCAAUGUGAAACAAGGUUUUAAAAGCUUUAAAAGCUGUCAAAUGGAAGAUUCAGACACCCUAGCGAGGCACUAUUUACAUUUUGAAGUUGUUCUUUGUAAGGGAAUUUCAUCUUUUGGGAGAGGGUGAAUACACCUCAGUCACCUGCUACUGUGUUGCUGUAAGAAUGAGCUUAUUCCUUAUCCAACUAGUGUUCACAAUAUCAAGCAAAAUUCAUAAAUUCUUUUGAAAUAAUUAAAAUACAAAUUAAA